UCUGAUGUACUUACCACUUGGCGCAGCACCGGUUGUGUGUUUCCAUUAUUUUUCCCUUUGUAUAACAGUGUAUUUUAUUGUCGCUCUGUUUCCAGUUUUUAAUAAUUGUAACUACAUGCGUUGUAGAUUUGUUUGUGCAGUUUUUGUGAAAAAUUUUAAAUUCUGUUUGCAUUUAAAAAUGCCGGUGCAGAGUUAUGUAUCGACGGAUUAUGAAAGCAUGGCGCAGUGCAAUAUUGUUGGUAGUGCAUUGUUAUCGGACGGAAACAACGAAAACGGCGUGUUAAACGGUUAUAUCAACUGCACCGGAAAGGGCACUUAUCGAGGAAAGACCGUCUUUGUGAAGAUGAACAAAAACAGCGGGGCGGUGGCCAUGUUCCAGGGUGAGAAAGUAGGACUGGAGACCAUUGCCGCCACCGGCGAAGUGAAAGUGCCCCGUCCAUUACAGGUGCGUCUGUGUGGCCAGCACGGCGGAGAGCUUAUACUGGAGCAUAUGGACAUGCGUCCUUUAUCCGCUGAAGCAGAGGGACUGCUAGGUUACCAACUGGCUUGUAUGCAUCUGGAUAACAUCCAACGCCCUUUAUGGUGCGUCGGACGGAAGACGAAAAAGCGCGAUUCGUGGAACAUUGGCCAUGAUGCCGUUGUGAAGAGUUUCGGCUUUGUGUGCCCAACUAGUUGCGGGUACAUUUUGAACGAUAACACCUGGGAAAAUGACUGGACGGUAUUCUAUACACGCCGCGUACAAAAUCGAAUGGACUUUUAUCUGUGCGAAAACCAGGAUCGCGUUAUGGAGCAAUUGUGGGAAAAGGUCAAGACAGUAAUUCCUCGGCUGUUUUCGGACACCUGCGUGUACCCGAGUCUGCUGCACGGUGACCUUUGGCCGGGCAACACCGCCAUGACGGCGGAUGGGAAGCCGGUGUUGUUCGAUCCGGCCACCUUUUACGGCCACCACGAGUAUGACUUGGCCUGUGGCAGCUUAUUUGCGUCGUUUGGGGAUACGUUCUACGACGAGUACCAUAAGAUCAUUCCACAAUGCGACUCUCUUUAUUUUACUUACCGGCAGAAGCUGUACCAGUUUUAUUAUUUCCUGAACCAGCAUACGCAUUGGCAGUAUUACCAAAAGGAGCCACAGCUGAUGGAGCCGCAAGUGGGCAUCGACAUGCUCGAGUAUAUCCUGGAGGCUCCUGCUCCUUAGGCCGCACGUGCCUAAUCUGCCGCAUACCAGACAUAUUUCCGUGCUGCAUAUGAAUUCAACUUUUCAAGAACACCGCAAGGAUGCAUAUGUAUUGUUGGCCUGCAAAAAAUGCUGUCUUGUGCACGGAUUGUCUAUGGACUUGGGUCAUACCUUUUUAUAUCUCUCAAUUUAUAGUUUUAUACUUAUCUACUUAUCACAGUGCGCUUACGCGCUUGUAUGCUUUCGUCAAUGCAGUAUUUGCAUUUUUUUAGUUUCAAAAUUGUUUACAAACGUCAGGUUUAUUGUGUCCGUGUUGUACCUUCACCGUUUGCAACCAAUCAUGUUAAUUUAACAGAGUUUGCGACCUUCUGUUGUAGGUAUUAUGCUCGGGUUCUGCAGCGCGAGCAGCAAAAAUAGUUUGAUCGUUUUGAUCGGUUGCUGGUGGUGAAAAUCUGAUUUCUCUUAAUUGAGUAAUUAACAUGC